CUGCAGACUGCUGAGAGAGUGAGUGAGUGAGUAAGUGACCACAAACAGGGGAGCCCAGGCGAGAAUCUCGGCAACAAGAUGUACAGUUUCAUGGGAGGAGGCCUGUUCUGUGCCGGCGUGGGCAACAUACUGCUCGUCGUUUCCACGGCGACGGAUUACUGGAUGCAAUACCGUCACUCCGGCAAUUUCAUGCACCAGGGCCUCUGGAGAUACUGCGUGCCGGGCAAAUGUUACAUACACACUGACAGUGUCGCGUAUUGGGAUGCCACACGAGCGUUCAUGAUCCUUUCCCUCCUUGCAUGUUUCAUUGGCAUAGUCAUUGGCAUCAUGGCUUUCACCCAUUACUCCUCCUUCAACAGAUUUGAUAAAACGUUUGCGGCGGGCAUCCUGUACUUCACUUCAUGUAUCUUUGUGUUACUGGCCAUGGCUAUAUACACCGGGGUGACGGUAAAUUAUUACGGCAAGCGCUAUGGCAAUUGGCGCUUCUCCUGGUCCUACAUCAUAGGCUGGGUGGCUGUGGUCCUCACCUUCUUUGCAGGAAUUUUCUACAUGUGCGCUUACCGCAUGCACGAGAGCCCACGAAGUCCAGCUCCUCGUUAGAAUCAAGAAGACAUUUAAACAGUGGAAAACUACGGAGGACAGACAAUAAGUAUUUAAUGUCCAGUAUUAUCAAGCGGUACUUUUCCAUUCUCUUUGAAACGGCUAAUGACUUUAGAGAGUUAAUUAGUGAGACUGUAGACACAAACUGAAAGAAAUUGAGGCUGAAUUCCUGAAGCUAACGAUUAUACUGUA